AUGUCUGACCAAGGAACUACUAAUAAAGAAGAACUACAAUAUUUGAAUUUGUGCCAAAGAAUCAUCGAUGAAGGUGAAUUUAGACCAGAUAGAACAGGUACAGGGACUUACAGUUUGUUUGCCCCACCUCAAUUACGUUUCGAUCUAAAAGAUGGAACUUUCCCAUUAUUGACCACCAAAAAGGUAUUCACUAAGGGUAUCAUUUUAGAAUUACUAUGGUUCAUAGCUGGCUGUACUGACGGUAAGAAAUUGAGUGAACAAGGUGUUAAGAUCUGGGAAGGUAAUGGUUCAAGAGAAUAUCUAGACAACCUAGGUUUAACUGAAAGAAGAGAGGGUGAUCUGGGUCCUGUUUAUGGUUUCCAAUGGAGACAUUUUGGUGCUAAGUAUAAGACCUGUGACGAUGACUACACUAAUCAAGGUGUUGAUCAACUACAAGAGGUUAUUCGUAAAAUUAAAGAAAAUCCAUAUGAUAGAAGGAUUAUCCUUAGUGCAUGGAACCCACCUGACUUCCCAUUGAUGGCUUUGCCACCUUGUCAUGUUUUUUCCCAAUUCUACGUUAAUUUCCCUAAGGACGGUGGUAAACCUCGUCUAUCGUGUUGUCUGUAUCAAAGAUCCUGUGAUAUGGGUCUCGGUGUGCCGUUCAAUAUCGCUUCUUAUGCAUUACUAACUAUUAUGAUAGCUCACGUAUGUGAUAUGGAACCAGGCGAAUUCAUUCAUACUUUAGGUGAUGCCCAUGUCUAUAAAGAUCAUGUUGAUGCUUUGAAAGAACAAAUAUCUAGAGUUCCAAGAAGUUUCCCAAAAUUGAACAUUAAGAGAAAAGUAGCAAACAUAGAUGAUUUUAAAUUAGAAGAUUUCGAGAUUACUGACUAUAAUCCACAUGCUAGGAUCACUAUGAAAAUGAGUGUUUAA